AUGGCUAUGCAACCCCAUAGCAAGAAAAGAGUGUGCUAUUACUACGAUAGUGAUAUCGGUAAUUACUACUAUGGACAGGGACAUCCCAUGAAGCCUCAUCGUAUACGUAUGACUCAUAAUUUAUUGUUAAAUUAUGGACUUUACAGGAAAAUGGAAAUCUAUAGACCACACAAAGCGACUGCUGACGAGAUGACCAAGUUCCACUCAGACGACUACAUCCGCUUCUUAAGAUCCAUCAGACCGGAUAAUAUGUCAGAAUAUAACAAACAGAUGCAAAGAUUCAAUGUGGGUGAAGACUGUCCCGUUUUUGAUGGCCUUUAUGAGUUCUGCCAACUAUCAGCGGGAGGUUCAGUAGCUGCUGCCGUCAAAUUAAACAAACAGGCAUCGGAGAUUUGCAUCAACUGGGGAGGUGGACUUCAUCAUGCUAAGAAAUCUGAAGCGUCAGGAUUUUGUUAUGUAAAUGAUAUUGUUCUGGGAAUCCUUGAGUUACUGAAGUAUCACCAAAGAGUGCUUUAUAUUGACAUUGAUGUUCAUCAUGGGGAUGGGGUCGAAGAGGCUUUUUACACUACAGAUAGAGUUAUGACAGUCUCCUUCCACAAGUAUGGGGAAUACUUCCCUGGCACAGGUGACCUUAGAGAUAUAGGUGCUGGUAAAGGAAAGUACUACGCUGUAAACAUUCCUCUGAGAGAUGGUAUGGAUGAUGAAUCCUAUGAGUCCAUCUUUGUACCUAUCAUAUCUAAAGUUAUGGAGACAUUUCAACCUAGCGCUGUUGUCCUACAGUGUGGUGCGGAUUCAUUAACAGGCGAUCGACUCGGCUGCUUCAAUCUAACAGUGCGCGGUCACGGACGUUGUGUCGAACUUGUUAAGAGAUUUGGUUUACCAUUCCUUCUGGUUGGAGGCGGAGGGUACACAAUACGUAACGUAUCCCGAUGUUGGACGUACGAAACAUCAGUGGCACUCGGCGUGGAGAUAGCUAAUGAGCUGCCCUACAAUGACUAUUUUGAAUACUUUGGUCCGGACUUCAAGUUACACAUCUCUCCUAGUAACAUGUCUAAUCAAAACACACUGGAAUAUUUGGAGAAGAUUAAGAAUAGACUAUUCGAGAAUCUUCGCAUGCUGCCUCACGCACCCGGGGUUCAAGUUCAAGCCAUACCAGAAGACGCGGUGAAUGAUGAAUCAGAAGACGAAGAUAAAGUAGACAAAGACGAACGACUACCACAGAGUGAAAAGGACAAGCGCAUCACUAACGAUGGCGAGCUGUCCGACUCCGAGGACGAGGGUCGGGAAGGAGAUGGCCGGAGAGACAACCGGUCGUACCGCGCGCCGAGAAAACGACCGCGCCUCGACAAGGACGCGGCUAAGGACGACGGGAAAGCCGAGGAUUCAAAGGACGAAGUGAAAAACUUGAGUAAUAUGGAGGAACCAAAGAAAGAACUACCGCCGAACGCCUGA